ACUUAAUUGAGAUUCUAAGUGUGCCAGGACAGCCCCGGCCACGGCUCGGCUGCCAAGGAAAUCCCUGUUGGCCUCCUCAUGGCAGACUUGGCCAGCCUUCCCCAGUGACAGCCUGGCUCUUUGGAUUCACGCUGCCUGGUCAGCCUGCGAGGGUCGUCUGGACAAAGAGGGAAACAAGAGUGCCAGGUUCCAGAGUGCUUUCCAAGUUCCACAUUCUGCGUGCAGACUCCCGGCGCCGGAGCAGAGGCUGGCCCUUGGCAAGGGACUGCUGAGGGAGUGGAACUCUGAAGACACUCCUGAAACUCUGCCCUAAAUCAAAGGAACCAGAGAGUCCACCAGCGCUCCCUCCACCUCCCUUCCUGAGAGCAGCCAUGGCACUGAGUGACGUCGAUGUACAGAAGCAGAUCAAGCACAUGAUGGCUUUCAUUGAGCAGGAAGCCAAUGAAAAAGCAGAGGAAAUAGACGCCAAGGCUGAGGAAGAAUUUAACAUUGAAAAAGGACGCCUCGUGCAAACCCAACGACUGAAGAUCAUGGAGUACUAUGAGAAGAAGGAGAAGCAGAUAGAGCAGCAGAAGAAAAUCCAGAUGUCCACCAUGAGGAAUCAGGCAAGGUUGCAAGUCCUGAGAGCCCGAGAUGACCUCAUCUCAGAAUUGCUCCAAGAUGCAAAGCUGAAACUUAGCAAUAUUGUGGAGGACCCAGACAUCUACCAGGAGCUGCUGGAUAAACUCGUGCUCCAGGCUCUGUUCCGACUGCUGGAGCCUGUGAUGAUCGUGCGCUGCAGACCACAGGACCUCCUCCUGGUAGAGGCUGCAGUGCAAAAAGCCAUCCCUGAAUACAUGAUGUUCUCCCAAAAAGAUGUGGAGGUCCAGAUUGAUCAAGAAACAUUCCUGGCUGUGAACGCAGCUGGAGGCGUGGAGGUUUACAGCGGCAAUCAGAGAAUAAAGGUUUCCAAUACCUUGGAAAGUCGACUGGAUCUCUCAGCCCAGCAAAAGAUGCCAGAAAUACGAAUGGCCUUGUUUGGAGCUAAUGCCAACAGAAAGUUUUUUAUAUAAGCCUCCAGGAAGUGAAGCUCGUGUUGAACUGAUAAGCCAUAGAAGUCAAAGUUAUUUGGGUAAAGGAAACUAUUAAUGUUUCCUCCUCUUUGCUGCUCUGAUAUUGUUCUAUGUCUUUCAUUAAAUACUCUUUGAAUAGCUGAAUGCAUUAUAAAGUGUUAACUUUGGCAUAAAGCCCAAAUUAGUGCUCAGAAA